AUGGAUUUAUCCGGUAUGCUUAAUCAAAUGUCUUUAAAAAACGAGGAAGAACCAUUUGGUGAAUCAAAUAUUAAAAUAUCUAAAGAGAUUAUAGACGAAAUUCAAACGGAUAUUGCGUAUUGUGAGUUUACUAAUCAAUUAUUUUUGAUUAUUACUCAAUUUGGAAAGGCUGGAUCUUGUUUGAAAAUUGCUAAAGAACGCUUGGAAACUGACAUUGGGGUUGAGUUCGUUUACAAAGUGGAUCAAAUUUUUGGUGAUAUCACUAUUGAACAAGAAACGACAGCAAGAUAUUUAGCUCAAUAUUUAGAUAUAAAGAAGCCUUUGUUGAUAUUUGUUAAUCUUACGAAAUAUAAUAAGGAAACUGUUAAAGAAAUUGGUUGUUGUAUAAAAAAGGUAAUCUCGUAA